AUGAUUGUCAUAGUCCUGAUCCAUCUCUCCAUGGGACAGCAUAUGUUCUAUGUAGGUACGCUCGCGAGCGAGUGUACAGCAGGUGCUACCUCUCAGCCUGAAGGCAUGUUCGAGGAGUACAAUCGCAUCCACCCGGACCGUAUCACCGGCAAACCAGGCAUUCUCUUUCGCCCAAUCCUCUACCGAAACUGCCUUGCCAAAGACCCUCCAACUAGCCCUAUAAUUCUGGCAGAAGGAGCUCAGCUUCAUUGA